GGGCAAGAUAAAUCGCAUGGCCAUGGAUCUGUUUUGCAACUAAUCUAAAAUAUUUUUUCACACGGUAAUUGCCAAUGUUCCAGUUCAUAUCUGUGGUCUAGCCUCUCCGUUUCAGCGGUGUUAACGUUGAGGAUAUUUACGGUUAAUCAUAUUGAUGGCAUUUGAAUUAUCAUAUUUUGUAUUGUAUAUAUAACAGCUGAACAAAUUGCACACAAACACUACAGUGUUAUGACUAAAUAGAAUUUAAAGUGUACAAAGCAUUUUCUAUUUCAACUGGUUGGACGCUUGGCACCCAACUAUCAAGAUUACGUUCCGUGUUUUAAAAAUGAAAUAUCAGAAGACCACGCUGAUAAAUACUUAUGACAUCUUCUCAGCUUGUGGUACCAAAAACAAAACUCGACGAUCAGUUCACAUUCAUUUCACUCAGCUGGUGAAGAAAUGUAAACAGUUUAUACACUGUAGCUGUCGUUUAACCUUUAAAAAAUGCGAGAUUUGUGAUUUUUUAGUUAGAAAUUUAAUUAUAAUCCAUUGAAAUUUGUUGAAAUGUAGUGAAAUACUUAACUGAGUGUACUCAGAACAAUUUCAGUAUAGUUAUACUUGAACAUCAAAAACAACCACAAAAUAACUGUUGCUAUGGUAACUAUAUGUUGGAAUGUCACUGGCCGAGAUAAAAGGGGUUUUUUGCUAACGAGGUUUAUAAAAGACAAGUGUUUUCUCUGAAUUUUUGCUACUAAAUUUGUACUUUGAAGUAAGUUGCACAGUAUGGUGGUUGUCCAUAUAUAUCAUGUCAUGGUAAGAUGAUAUUUCAGUCAAUAACAGCUGCAGACAUUAAGGAGGUAUUAUUAAUAGCUUGAUUAGAAAUACCUCACCUCACAUGUGGUGUAAUUACUAUGGACAACAACAUGGAGCGAUUGACAUGAAAGACUCGAAAUCUCGUAUGAGAUCGUCUUCACAUUGCAAACUAGUACGUAUUUAACCCGAAAUACUGACGUGCUGAAAAAGAACUCACUUCAAUCAUUAAAGGCACACGACUUCGAUAAAGACAGUUUGUGCUGAAACAAACAAAAUGAGAUUGCUGUUUGUCACCUUUUUAUUGGUUUUCUUGCCAGGAGCGAUUGGGGCUCGAAAGAAACUGAAUAUUCCGUACGACUUAUUAUCAAAAAGCUCUAAAGGAUGGGGGACUAUCUCGAAAGCAACAAGCGUUUUAAAAUCAUCCAGAGUUUUUCCCUCCGAUCGCAAUUUAAUGAAACGUAUUGCUCUGGUCGAAUCAUCUCUGAACAGAACAUUGUCUGAAGGUGGAUUAUGGAACGUUGGAACUUGUGCCUUCUGGGGAGUCACACAAAAUCGACGAAAGUACGGUAAACGUUUGAAAAGAAUUCAGAAAAUGGUCGGACGAAAAUUUGGUAUAAACUGGAACCGGAUGACAUAUGAUCAACUUCAACGACCAAUGUAUUCGUUGAUUGCUGCUCGAAUGUACUUAUAUAUAAUGACAGAUACUAUCCCGCGAGGAGCGAAUGCACAGAGCAAAGUAUGGAGUAAUUACUACCAUAAUUGUGGGGAAUCUAAACUCUCAGUCAGGAAACGUUUGACGAAAAUAUUUAAGAAAGUUGUUCGUGGAUCAUGCCACAGCGGUUACAAGAAGUGUGAUCAUCACUGUGUUGAAGUUACCAUCGGUCAUGGUGAAUGUCGUUGUAAACCGCAAUUCAAAUUAGAAUCUGAUGGAAGGUCUUGCAAAGCGCAAACCUACCGAAACCCAUGCACAUUGGAUAAUGGCAAAGUUUGUGAACAUUCAUGCCUUAGGGUUCCUAAUACGAUUAUAUGUACAUGUCCUGAUGGUCACUACCUACACAGUAAUAGAUACAAAUGCAUUGAUGUGAAUGAAUGCUCAAUGUCUCCUUGUCAACACGAGUGUCAUAACACGCCUGGAUCAUAUUAUUGUUCAUGUUUUCCUGGAUAUUCUCUGGCGUACGACCAGAAAACAUGCAAAGCUGAUCGAAGCAGUGAUUGCAUUUCCUCGAAUGAUCCAAGCUGUGUCACUCGUUGUCUUCGUCGAGAUAACAUGCAGGGUGAAUGUGUAUGUCCUCCUGGCAUGGCUUUACAUCAUGAUAAUGAAACUUGUAUAGAAAGCAAUGGCUGUUUAACAUCAGAAGGGUUUUGUCAUCACAGUUGUUUGAGAACUGCCUCUGGCUUCUCCUGUGCCUGCAAAACAGGAUUUAUGUUGGACAGCAAUUCUGUAACUUGCACAGACAUAGAUGAGUGUACAAUUGGUGAACAUAAUUGCGAGAAAGGAUGUUUGAAUGUUCCUGGAAGUUACCAUUGUUCAUGUCCCCUUGGAUUUAAGUUAAAUAAAGACGGUCACACUUGUUCAGAUAUCAAUGAGUGUUUAUUGAAAACAGACCUGUGUAAAGCCCCCGCUAGAUGCCGAAAUACUGAAGGAGACUAUACAUGCCAAUGUCCGACAGGAUAUCAACUGAAUUCAACUGAUAACUGUGUUGACAUCAAUGAAUGCUCGGUGAAUAACGGUGGAUGUGAACAGACAUGUCGUAAUGUUCCUGGUAGUAGUCAAUGUGGGUGCAAUGCAGGAUAUCGUCUCAAUGUUGAUAUGAAAACAUGUCAGGACAUCAAUGAAUGUUUAGAAUUCACAGACAUUUGUAGUCACAAUUGCACUAAUAUCCCUGGAGGAUACAAAUGUUCCUGCCCCCCCGGAAUGAAAAGCAUCGAUAAUGGAGCACUGUGUUUGUGAAAUAUUGAAAGUAUAGAUGAUAAAUUAUCCUAUAUUGUGUUCUUCGUUUAACGACACCCGCAUAGUGGACUGGUACUCAAGCUUCUUAUGGCCGAUCUUGUUUCAAAGAUGCUGUGAUUGAAUCCAGGAUUAUUGGUCAUCGUAAGUGACUCAUAGUGUAGCCUAUUUCCUUAAUGACAUCGUAUAUAGUGUAUAUGAUGUAUCCAUCGUUUACUUGAGUAAACAUGCACGAUUUGAUUUGCAAAAAAUGCUCAAUUUUGUUUUGUAAAUAGUUGUGACAUAUAAUAUUAUAUAUAUAAGAAAGCACCGACGGUUGCACGAAACAGUUUAUCAGAAAUAAAUCAAAUAAUCAAUGAUUUCCAUGAACUGUAAUGAUCCCUUAUUCUAUAUGCCACAAGAAACGUAGAGGACCUGUGGAGCUACCGUAUAUUACAGGAUAUAUAUCAUGUAAAAGCUCUGAUGGUAACAAUAGAAAUAUAGAAAUGUACAUUAUAGGAUAGGAUAUAUAUAAAAGCACUCAUGGUUGCACAAAGCCAUGGUAAUUCAGAGGCUUUCCACAAGAGUGACAAGACCUAUGAUCGUGGACUCUUGAUAUAUGUCAGUUGAAAGACUAUAUUCUCCGUAUUUGUCGGUUGCACUUUCAGAUGGAACAUACACUAAAAUGUUUACUAUAUAAUGCAUUAUUAUUCAUAGUAAUAUUUGUUCUACUGGCAAUAAUCUAUUUGUAAUGUAUGGAAUCGUUUGAAUGAUUGAAAAAACAUUUUUUAGAAAAAGGAACUUCAUGGAACUGAUCGCACAUUGAUCGAGGCACGUGUAAUUACCAUGUUAUGAAUUUAAAGUCAAUAAUAUUGAUUUAUCAAUUUAAUUACGAUAUAUAAGCAUUAGUUCAAUCAGAUGAUUGUAAUUUAAAUUGUGUGUUAAUGAUUAUAAUCUAUUGUUAAGUCUAAUGUGAGGCAUUAUUCAGAUCAAAGAAUUAUAAGAUCUUGAUGAAAUAGACACCGGAAAGCACUCGUUUAAAAGCGUCUACCCGCGCGCGCGUCCACAGAGGAA